CCCGGCGCCUUCUAGGGCUCCUGGUGGCCACUGCACCUCAGUUCUCUCUGAGCUCCCGCGUUGCCAGCAUGACUGACGCGCUGCUACCCGCGACCCCCCAGCCGCUGGAGAAAGAGCGGGACGAUUACUUUCGGAAGGGUUGUAAUCCCCUUGCACAAACUGGCCGGAGCAAGCUGCAGAAUCAAAGGGCUGCCUUGAACCAGCAGAUCCUGAAGGCUGUGCGCAUGCGGACAGGGGCGGAAAACCUUCUGAAAGUUGCCACAAACCAGAAGGUGCGCGAACAGGUUCGCCUGGAGCUGAGCUUUGUCAACUCAGACUUGCAGAUGCUGAAGGAAGAGCUGGAGGGCCUCAACAUCUCUGUGGGAGUGUACCAGGGCACUGAGGAGGCCUUUACCAUCCCUCUGAUCCCUCUUGGCUUGAAGGAAACCAAAGAAGUUGACUUUUCAGUCACCCUUAAGGAUUUUAUUUUGGAACAUUACAGUGAAGAUAGCUGUUUGUACGAGGAUGACAUCGCAGACCUUAUGGACCUGCGACAGGCGUGUCGGACACCCAGCAGGGACGAGGCGGGGGUGGAGCUGCUCACAUCCUACUUCAUGCAGCUGGGCUUUGUGGAGAGUCGGUUUUUCCCGCCCACCCGCCACAUGGGGCUCCUGUUUACCUGGUAUGACUCCCUCACUGGGGUUCCAGUCAGCCAGCAGAACCUGCUGCUGGAGAAGGCCAGCAUUCUCUUCAACAUUGGGGCACUGUACACCCAGAUUGGGACCCGCUGUAACCGGCAGACACAGGCUGGGCUGGAGAGCGCUGUGGAUGCCUUCCAGAGAGCUGCAGGGGUCUUAAACUACCUGAAAGAGACUUUCACUCACACUCCAAGUUACGACAUGAGCCCUGCUAUGCUCAGCGUGCUGGUCAAAAUGAUGCUCGCCCAAGCCCAAGAAAGCGUGUUUGAGAAAGUCUGCCUCCCGGGGAUCCAGAAUGAGUUCUUCGUGCUGGUAAAGGUGGCUCAGGAGGCCGCCAAGGUGGCAGAGGCCUACCGGCAACUUCAUGCAGCCAUGAGCCAGGAGCCGGUGAAAGAAAAUGUUCCGUAUUCGUGGGCCAGCGUGGCCUACGUGAAGACCCACCACUAUGGGGCCCUGGCUCACUACUUCGCGGCCACCCUCCUCAUCGACCACCAGCUGAAGCCAGGCUCAGACGAGGACCAUCAGGAGAAGUGUCUCUCCCAGCUCUACGACCACAUGCCAGAAGGGAUGACGCCUCUGGCCACGCUGAAGAACGCUGGGCAGCGCGUGCUGCUGGGUAAAGGACAUCUGCACCGAGCCAUCGGCUACCAUGAGGAGUCGCUGAGGGAGGCCAACCUGUGCAAGAAGGUGCGUGACAUCCAGGUGCUCCGGGACGUGCUGUCCGCUGCCCAUCAGCGCACUCAGCUCAAGUACACCCAGCACCAAGAGGAUGACGAUCUUCUGAACUUGAUUGACGCUCCAGACGUCCUUCCAAAAACUGAGCGAGAGGCAGGAAUAACCUUCCCUCAGUUCUCCAAAGUGACAGUGACAGACUUCUUCCAGAAGCUGGGCCCCCUGUCUGUGUUUUCGGCCAAUAAGAGAUGGACGCCUCCUCGGGGCAUUCACUUCACGGUGGAGGAAGGGGACUUGGGGUUCACUUUGCGAGGGAACACCCCAGUCCAGGUACACUUCCUGGAUCCUCGGUGCUCUGCUGCGCUGGCAGGAGCCAAGGAAGGAGAUUACAUUGUUUCCAUUCAAGGCGUGGACUGUAAGUGGCUUACGGUGAGCGAGGUUAUGAAAUUGCUCAAGAGCUUUGGCUCGGAGGAGAUUGAGAUGAAGGUCGUGAGCCUCCUGGACUCCACAUCGUCCAUGCAUAACAAGUGUGCCACUUACUCUGUGGGGAUGCAGAAAACCUACUCCAUGAUCUGCCUGUCCAUGGAUGGUGACAAUAAAACUGACAAAGCCAAGAAGAUCUCGAAAAAGCUCUCCUUUUUGAGCUGGGGCACCAGUAAGAACAGACAGAAGUCUGCCAGCACACUGUGCCUCCCCGAGGUUGGUCUGACAAGACCUCAACCCAAAAAGAAGCUUCCGACCCCUUUCAGCCUCCUCAACUCGGACAGCUCUCUGUACUGAAGGGAGGCAGCCGAACAGGUCACCCUGCAGCUGGCAGCUGUCUAAACACCUGUGCCAUGAUGGGACUGCUGCAGCUGACACCUGUC